CCAACUUCCGUUCUGUGAAUUCUCAUCUUUCCCUACACCAACCUCAGGGUCAACCCCAGUGGGAGGGGAGUGGCCCUGAGGGGGAAGUGGCCGGCUGAGGGUAGCCCAGGAGCAGCUAUUGGGUCCCUGGAGCCCCGCGUUCCCCAGACGCCAGACCCCUGCCCCAGGCUGUUCACUUCUCCCACAAGGUCUUUGCCUUGCUCAGCAGUCCACCCUAUACCCCCAGCUCGAGAAAGACCUCAUGGCUUGGGGGGCCCUGCCUCUGCUGCUGCCUGGCCUGCUGCUGCUCCUGGUGCCAGGCUCCCGGGCACAGAAGCUGCAGAAACUGGAGGGCGAGACCAUCUACGUGAUCUGCCCCUACUCGGCUGACCAGCAUGAGAAGGAGAAAGUCUGGUGUAAGCAGGAAGGGCCGAACACCUGCUCCGUGUUGGCCACUUCCCAGGGCUGGGUGGGGAGCUCCCAGUGCUCCCUGUGGGAUAAGCCAGACUCUUCCCAAUUCAUCGUGAUCAUGACCGGGCUCAAGGCGGGGGACUCGGGAUUAUACUAUUGUGGCUUCUAUGAGUAUCCCAAGGUCAUGGUCUUCAGAACCAUCCAGCUCGAGGUGUUGGCAGGUGCGUGUUCCCCUUCUUCUUUGUGCAGUUUGGGCUUGCUGAGUCUCCAGGUGUGAGAGCCAGGGGGCGGGGGCCCUGGGAAUGGGGCCAUAGAGAAGGCACCUGUCCCAGGGCCACCUACUGCUCAUGGGUGGGGUCAGCCCCUGACCUCAGGCUCGUGGCUUCCAGGGGGUCCAUCCUUCCACAUCACCCGUCUUUGCUGCUCCUCCUUUUCCUGGGAGUGAUCUUAAAGCUCCCCCAGGCAUCAGCACAGCUGCUCAGCAUCCAGUCUCAGACAUCCGUGCCCCUGACCUUAACCCUCAACCUUUGCCCAUCACACAGAGGAAUUGGGUGUGGGGCAGAAAAAUGUGAGCUGACAGGAGACAGGUCGAGGGGGAGGGAGACGGGAAGGCUGGGAAGUGUAGCAGCCUAGGGCUCGGGACGGGGGCUGAGUCCUUGCCUUGGACAUGGCCCUCACCGGUGAGGAACCUUGAGCCUCUGAGUGCAAAUUUGCAAUUUCCACGAAUCCUGAGGGCCCCGUGUGUUCCUCCUGAGCACCAUAAGGUUGCACAACCACCCCGCACUUACCCGUGGCCGGGGCUGGAACACGGCUCCUGCUAGAUCCCUCCCUCGUGCUGAGCUGCUAUGCUCGGUCCUCCAGAUCACAGCCUUGGUCACACGGGCACCUGGAGGACCGAGCGUAGCAGCUCAGUGGUUCAUUGCCCAACUUCGGCUCCAUGCCCUUUGCGUGUGGGGCACAGAGCUAGGCUACUCUCUGGAAGGGGGACCCAAGUCGCUGGAAUGCCGUUCCGCGCUGGGGAAGCCCACAGCCCAGACAGGGGAGUAGCACUGGAGCAAGUGAGGGGACCGGCCACCACAGGUAGACUCCUUGGAGGAGGUGUCACACCUGGGCCUUGUUGGCUGAGCAGGGGUCUAUCCAGGGGAGACCCGAGGGGCGUGGGGGGAAGCGUCAGAGGUUGAAGUGCGUGCCAGGCUUGGAAACGACUGUAGAGAGGAUCUAAUGUACAAGUGGCAGUGCUGUCCCUUGCAUGGAGCUGCCCUGCAGGGGGAGGAGACCAGGACACCACGGCACAGCUGCUGCACCUCCUGCAGGGCCCACGAUGUGGCUCGGAGCCCUCACCCGGUCCAGUGCCACGUAUGGCCGCCUCCUCCCUGGAUGGGGGAAGCCCUGGAGUGUGGGUGCGCAAAGGGGUGCUCCCCUUCACUGCCGUCUCUUCCAGCUCCAGCCCCAGCCACCCCCAGGGACAGCGGGAUGACAACGGCCCCUGUCAUUGCCAGGUACUACUGCCCCUCCCCAUCCUCUGAGCCCUCAUUUUCUUCCAACCAUGCCGGACACCCCCAGCUACCACGCUGCCACUACAUCCAGCUCUCAGGGGUUGGAAUAACAAGCAGGUCGCCUCGGGUCACUUCACCUAACCUCAGCUUUCACUUCUGCAAAACAAGGCAAAUAACAUUUCUGCUAUUUUUAUCAGUU